AUGGAUCCUCAUGCGAGUUUGUAUCAUGCCACACAAUUAGUGGCGCGCGCCGAGGCCACGGGUCGACCACCUGUCUACAAGGCCGUCGGUGUCUCUCUGGCGGUUGCCUCGGGUGUCUUCAUCGGCAUCUCAUUUGUGAUCAAGAAAAUUGGCCUGCUCAAAGCCAAUGUGAAAUACAAUGAAGAGGCAGGUGAGGGUUACGGAUACUUGAAAAACGCCUGGUGGUGGUUGGGAAUGACGCUCAUGAUUUUGGGCGAGAUCUGCAACUUUGUCGCAUACGCCUUUGUUGAUGCAAUCCUCGUCACCCCGCUUGGUGCCCUGUCCGUGGUGAUCACCACAAUUCUGUCGGCUAUCUUCCUCAAGGAACGACUCAGUUUCGUCGGCAAAGUCGGCUGUUUCUCCUGCAUCAUCGGCUCCGUGGUGAUUGCGAUGAAUGCCCCAGAGCAGUCUUCGGUCAGUGAUAUCCAGGGAAUGCAGAAGUUUGUCAUUGCUCCGGGUUUCCUCGUGUACACCGGUGUCAUCCUGAUCGGGGCUGCAGUCACUGCGAUCUGGGUAGGACCACGGUAUGGCAAGAAGAGCAUGUUCGUCUACAUCAGCAUUUGCAGCAUGGUGGGUGGACUGAGUGUCGUGGCAACCCAAGGGCUUGGCUCAGCCAUUCUGGCCCAGAUUCGAGGCGAGUCGCAGUUCAAGCACUGGUUUCUCUACGUGCUGCUCGUCUUUGUAGUCUGCACUUUGCUGACUGAGAUUAUCUACCUCAACAAAGCUCUGAAUUUGUUCAACGCCGCUCUAGUGACGCCCACGUAUUACGUCAUGUUCACAAGUGCGACAAUAAUCACGUCGGCAAUCCUGUUCCAAGGCUUUUCAGGAAGUGGCAUCCAGAUCGCGACCGUGAUCAUGGGCUUUUUGCAAAUCUGCGCUGGCGUGGUUUUGCUACAACUGUCCAAAUCUGCCAAGGAUGUACCUGAUGCGGCCGUGUUCAAAGGUGACCUGGAUCAGAUUCGCGAGGUGGCUGCACAGGAAGAGCCCGAAUUCGAGCCCAAGGCCGAUUCCAUUCGUGGUGCGGCCUCGAUUCUGCGCCGCAUUUCGACGACUCGCCGGGAACAUGAACAUGAUGAGGUGCGGCGGUUCGCGCAUGAGAAACAGGAGGACUACCUGAGACCGCCCGGUGAAAAUGAAAUUAUCGAGUGGGAUGGUAUUCGACGACGCAGGACCGUUGUUGGUGAAGGUCCUUCCAUGUCUCGUCCACGGACUCCUCGCACUCCUUCCGUAAAGCAGACAGUUCCCCCUUUGCCACCUCUGGGGAUGUCGCGAUUCCCUGAUCAUGACGAAGAGACUGAAAACCAUGCUGGUGCAAAGCCGAAUGGGCCCAACUUUCUCGCCAGCGUUCUCCAAUCCGGCGGUUGGUUAUCGGUGCACAGAUCUGACGAGAAGGAUUUUGCCGAUACCGAUGCAACCGAGAUGACAACCCGUAACGGCGGCGUCGACACCGAAUACCAUGGUGCCGGCGGUAGCCUUGAACCUCCAGUUCGACUUGGGGGCCGUGAGCGAAGCGACACGCCACGCUCGAUUGCCUGGGCGGACGAGAAGGGCGACAACAGCCGGCCCCAGUCGCACCACACCAUCGAACCCCCUUACGCCGCACGUCGUCAAUUCUCCUUCAACAGCAUGUUCAAUCGUCGCAAGGCGCAAAGUCAACCGCCAUCCCCCAAACGCGUCCAGAGCCCACCACGAGGAAUCCUGCGCCGUCACCACGGUGUUGACGGGGACGUCCGCAAGUCGGCCACCGAGGAAGAGCAGCUCGGCCUCGUUCGCGGAGAUUCGCGUACCGCGGAAGAAACCCUCGGUGAGAAAUUAGAAAGAUGGUCGAGCUCCGAUUCCGAUUCCGCUGAAGGCCGACAUCCACAAGCGAUUGUCACCCACCCGCGACCAUUGCCUUCGGGUCGACCCCACGGCGAUUCCGUCUCGAGCAUGUCCACGUCCGCAUUCCCACCGUACGAAGACCACCACGCCGUAUACGCACAGGCCGGCAAUGUUUCAAACCCAUACUAUCUUCCCCACAAUCGACAAUCCACCGCCUCACCAGAGCACAUGAACGAACACGAUGGCUAUGAAUAUGAAUACCCUCGCUCGAGAGCCAGGACCAAUUCUUCGUCGCACAUGAGAGCUCCGCCACCCGCACAGUCAUCUUUCUCGACCCAUCGUCACCCAAAUCCACUUCCACCACUGCCAGACCAUGCUCCGCUUACCUUGGAGGAAAGUGUGCGAUCAGUCUCGAACGAGUCUUCAGGAACAGGGGCCGUAUCGAUUUCCUCGACUGAAGCUCGUGAUGACGACAACACCACAUACCCGACUGUUUCGGCAACGGCAACGAGUCCAAGUGGCCAGCUGGGUGGAUGGCGACGACACAUGUCCGAGACAGAUAAGGGGGAAGAAGAGGAAGUGCAUCAGAAAGGCAAAAAAGGGGCUUUCCUUUGA